AUGGCUUCCCUAGCUUUUCCGGCAUCCGAAAACUAUGUUUUGCAGUCAUGUAUGUCAGUUUCUCCCAACUCCGAUCAUGCCAGAGACGGUUCUAUAUUUGGGAAGUCAGUUUCGUCUAAGAAACGGAACACCAGAGACUUAACGAUCACAAAUGUUACAAGCAAAAUGCCUAAAGCUUUCCCUCCAACUAUAAAAGAGAUGACAGAUGACCGGAAGCUAGCCGCUUGGACAAGCAUCCGACAGGAGCAAUGGGAAGGAGAGCUCGUCGUUGAAGGCAAAAUUCCACCAUGGCUGAGUGGGACUUACAUAAGGAAUGGCCCAGGCUUGUGGCACCUAGGAGACUACCACUUCCGGCACCUAUUUGACGGCUUCGCCACCCUCGUCCGCCUUCAUUUUGACAAUGGCCGGCUCAUAAUGGGUCACCGGCAAAUCGAAUCUGAGGCCUAUAAGGCUGCGAAGAAGAAGAAUAAGCUUUGUUACUUGGAAUUUUCUGAAGCCCCAAAGCCCGAUAAUUUCCUAGCUUACAUAGUUGAAAAGGCUAAACUAUUUCUUGGUGCAUCAUUGACGGAUAACGCUAACACCGGUGUGGUUAAAUUAGCUGACGGACGGGUUGUUUGCCUGACGGAGUCAAUCAAAGGGUCGAUGGUGAUUGAUCCGGACACAUUGAACACAAUAGGGAAGUUUGAGUAUAGUGACUCAUUGGGUGGUCUACUUCACUCGGCUCAUCCAAUUGUGACGGAUACAGAGUUCCUGACUUUGUUGCCGGAUCUGGUGAAUCCAGGGUACAUGGUGGUGAGGAUGGAACCGGGGACGAAUGAGAGGAAGGUGAUCGGGAGGGUGAGUUGCCGCGGCGGACCAUCACCGGGUUGGGUUCACUCGUUUCCGGUGACCGAACAUUAUGUGGUUGUACCGGAGAUGCCAUUGAGGUACUGUGCCCAAAAUCUCCUAAGAGCUGAGCCCACGCCACUAUACAUGUUCAAAUGGCACCCCGAGUCCAAAGGGUUUAUGCAUAUUAUGUGUAAAGCUAGUGGCAAGAUUGUGGCUAGUGUGGAGGUUCCAUUAUUCGUGACCUUUCACUUUAUCAAUGCAUACGAAGAGAAGGACGAGGAUGGGAGGGUGACUGCAGUUAUUGCCGACUGUUGCGAGCAUAACGCCGACACAACAAUUUUAGACAAGCUCAGAUUGCAACACCUCCGAUCAUUUACCGGCAAAGACGUCUUGCCAAAAGCUAGGGUGGGCCGUUUCAUAAUACCAUUGGAUGGAAGUCCAUAUGGGAAGUUAAACGAUGCAUUGGAGGCAGAUGAACAUGGGAAGGGCAUGGACAUGUGCAGCAUCAACCCAGCCUAUUUGGGCAAGAAAUACAGAUAUGCUUACGCUUGUGGUGCCCAACGCCCUUGUAACUUCCCCAACACCCUCACUAAGCUUGACUUAGUAGAGAGAAAGGCAAAGAACUGGUACGACGAGGGUGCUGUGCCCUCUGAACCAUUCUUUGUUGGUCGACCUGGUGCAACUGAGGAAGAUGAUGGAGUAGUAAUAUCGAUGAUCAGUGACAAAAAUGGCGGAGGAUAUGCAUUAUUAUUAGACGCAUCCAGGUUCGAAGAGAUCGCAAGAGCAAAAUUUCCUUAUGGUCUUCCAUAUGGACUCCAUGGAUGUUGGGUUCCGAAGAAUUAG